AUGCCCUCAGCCGCCUUCAACCCGGACACAGACAUUCCUAGUCUGUCCGGCAAAGUCAUCCUGAUCACAGGAGGAACAGCCGGACUGGGAACCGAGACGGCGCGCCAACUAGCCAAGCAUGGGCCGGCUCACAUCUACAUCAGCGGGCGCAGCGCAUCCAGCGCUGACACGGUCAUCUCCCAGAUCCAGUCGAACACAAACCCCACCAAUACCACCGAAACCACCCCAUUCACAUUCCUAUCCCGCGUGACGGUUGACGGCUACGAGAUCCAAUUCGGAACCAACCACCUGGGCCACGCCCUGCUCAUCCAGAAACUACCCCCACAACUCCAAGCCACCGCCGCCGAGGGCCACGACGUCCGAGUCAUCGCGUUCGACUCCCUCCGCACCACGCAGGAGUACCCGAUCUUCGCGGGCUGGAUCCGCUACGGGCAGAGCAAGCUGGCCAACCUGCUGUACGCGCGCGAGCUGGCGCACCGGUAUCCCGAGUUGAGCAGCAUCUCGCUGACGCACGGGGUGGUCAAUACGGGGCUCGUCGGGAGUCUGGGCUGCUGGAACCGGGCGUUUGCGUGGGUGACCAACUUAGGCCAGGUGAAAAGAUUCCAAGCAAAGAGCUUUGCCGCAAAACUCGGGUGCGAUCCGGUAACGGUGCUUGAGUGCUUACUUGCCUACUCCCUGCCAUAG